AGUCCACGGCCCGAUUGUUGCGGAUCCGCAGUGAAGCUGGAGGCUGAAGUCGACCAUGUCGCCCAAAGACGCUGACUUUGUAGCCAGCCUGCAAUCCCAGAUUGAUGCUCUUCAAACCAGGGUUAAGGAAUUAGAAGCUGAAAAUGCAAAGUUAUUGUCUCAACUCACAGAUUGUAGCAAUCACGAGAUGGAGAAGAAAUUACACGGUUCUGAUGACAAACAUGUGAAAUCAAAAAAAGGAAACACAGAGACAGAUGAGAAGAUACAUAAAAUGCCAGGCUACCAUUCAAUGCUCAUCAAACAUAGGAAGAGAUAUGUAGCUCUGAAAGUCAUGUACUUUGGAAAAAGGUUCUAUGGUUUUUCUUCAGAGGCACAAAUGGAUCCAACUGUUGAGUCUGAGAUUUUUAAAGCUAUUGAGAAAACAAGGCUUUUGGUUGGUGACAAGAAGGAGUCGCAAUAUUCAAGAUGUGGUAGAACAGACAAAGGUGUUUCUUCUGUUGGACAAGUAAUAGUUUUUCUUAAGAUCAACCUCAAGGUAUCAGGAACAAAUAAUAGAAAGCUGGAGAAAUUUUUUCAGAGGAGCCACAUGAAGGGGAAAUUGAUUAUGUGUAAAAGGUGCCGAAAUGGUGACAACCAAGAGAAAUACGGGAGUAGGGAAUUACUAUUUUGCCAUAUGGCAUAUCUGAAGAUUCCCAACCCUGCCCCAGAGGGUGUGCACAACUAUAGGCGGCACAUAACCUUUUUUGAGAUGUCUCCUACUAAUGUGAGUUAUGAUGAUAAUCAACUCUGGGUGAUGAAAAUCAAAGGUACAGCUUUUCUAUGGCAUCAAGUUCGUUGCAUGGUUGCAGUUCUAUUCAUGGUUGGCAAAGGUCUUGAAUCUCCAGAUGUGAUUGAUAUUUUACUGGACACUAACAGGACUCCAAGGAAACCCCAGUAUAUUAUGGCAGCAGAGUUUCCAUUGGUUCUUCAGUCUUGUGAAUUUGAAGAAAUUAGAUUUAUGUGUUCAUCAGGUAUAUCGGAAGCCUUGCGAUUACACUUGGUGAAUGAAUGCCAAACUUACCAGCUUCAAGCUGCAAUCUUCCACGAAGCUAUUCUCAAUUGUCUAUCUACAUCAGAUGAUCAAAGCUUGCAGCAUUAUGGAGGAACGAAGAAGAAAGCCUCCCAUGUCCCUCUUCUGUCACGACCAACUGAGCCAUCAUAUGAGGAGCGGCGCGCCAAAUUCAACUCAACAUGAUGAUUCUACCAAUCAUAAUUUCAAUUCAAGACGCCUUCUUUGUCUUGUUUUCUAUAUCGUUUCUACAAAUAAUUGUUCACUUAUUUCUUAAAUUCUAGUUUUGUUUUCGGUGUAAGGAGGCAUUGUUGGUGCAAUUUUGUUUAAUAGUUAUCAUAUCAAGAGUGUUCGUAUUCUAAUUACUGUCCACAACCCGGAUUUUGAUCGCCAAAUAUAGUUUAGCUUGGUGGC